CGUGCGCCGGCGGCAGCACCCGGAACGCGCACACCCUCACAGAUCUGAGUUGCAGUAAUGGUGCCGAGGUGGAGCUGGUGAGCCUCAUCGAAGAACAGCUGCCUCGGUACCGCCUGCGAGCAGACACCCUCACCGAGUUUGGAGGUUACGACAAGGAAGAUUGGUCCAUUAUUCCAUCGCCGUGUCUUCCCAGCCCGGAGAAUCUUGACUUGCCACCUGAACUUAUCCAAGAGACGCUGAACUACUUUGUGGUGUCUGGAGAGCGGGUGAGCCAAAUGACGCGAACAUAUAGCGACCCGGAGGCCCUGACGCGGCUGUUGGAGGAGAAGGAGCGUGACCUGGAGCUGGCGGCCCACAUUGGGCAAGGCCUGCUGCGCGAGAAGCGGGAACUGGCUUGCCGCACGGACGCCCUUGAGGCGGAGCUGAUGCAGGCCCAGGAGUCGCUUACGCAGCUGCGGCAUGAGCUGGCCCUCAAGGCCUCCCUCCUGCAGGUGUACACGGCGCAGGAAGAGGCUGACGCUGCACUGCCCUCGCCCACCGAUGAUGACGAUUUUCCUGUGAGCACAUUGACUCGCAAGAUUCACGAGCUGGAGGAGGAGAACUGCAAGCUUAAGGCAGAGUCCCAGAGCCAGCUGAGCCACCUUGAAGAAGAGGAGAAGAAGGAGAUGCAGCUUAUUCGAGACUGCGUGAGGCAGCUGUCGGAUGUGACGAAAGAGUCAAGUCACCUCCAGGAGGAGCUGUGUCGGCGGACGGAGGUGAACCUGAGGCAGCAGCAGGAGAUCCUGACACUCAAUGCACAGCUCAACGACAUGCAGCGAUAUGCCCAGUCGCUGCGUGCAGAGGCGGAGGAGCUCCGGGCGCAGCUGGCCUUGAGCCGCGGCCUGCAGGAACAGCAGUCGGAAGACCUCCUGGAGGCCCGCGCGCGGUACCUGGACCUCAAGGAGGCCUUCCUCGAGCUGCAGGCACAGCUGCGGCACCGUUCCCAGGAGGAGGAGCCCCGACAGAGCGGUGCUGCCAUCUGGGGCAGGUGCAGCGGCAGCAGUGGCGGCAGCGCCAGUGGCCCCCCGUCGUUGGCCUGCGAGCUGCAAGCCUGCCUGGGGGACCAAGGGGACCAGACACCCAUCGGUAGUGGCACUGGAGGACCCGACGCAUUUUCUUUCAAGCCUGCCUGCAGCCCCUGGUCUCAAUCUGAGGAGUCUGAAGAGUCAGACUGCAAUGACAGUCAAUACUCCUCGCUAAGCAGCCUAGGCCUGAGCCCUCGCAAAGGACGGCGGGGUUCCAGUCGUCGGCUUCCACAGAGUUCCUGGGGUCCUGUGGCUCGACCAUUCCGCCUCUCUGACAAGCUCCUCAUGGUCAAGCCUCUGGAGGGUUCGGAGUUGCUCAAGCAAUGGCAGCGUCUGGCAACACCUGGGCUCAGCGACUUCUUCGAAGACCAAGGGUCGGGGGUCAGGCUAAAAGGCGGUCUCCCAGUACAGCCGCCUCUGGAGGCUGCGCAGGAAUCCCCAGAUGGUGACGAGUGCAACCUGAAGGACUUGGCGGGAAACGCCGCCCCUGGGAUUCCAGAUGGUGUGGCACUUAGGUGCUGGGUCCAAGGUCCAGGCUGGGAGCCAGAAGCGCCCUGGCUGAGGCUGCAGGCUUGCCUUGCCAAGCUAAGCGGUGGCAGCGGUGAGAGUUGGACGCCCAGUGUGCUGCUUCGGACCCAGCAGCAGCAGGAGCAGCAGGAUAAGCCAGUCCCAGAGACGCCGCCAUCUUCCCCCGUGAUGCAGCGUCGCGGAGCCACAAGGCUUUUACGCUCGUACCGGGCUUCGUCGCGGUACUGUCACUCACCAGCACGACCAUCAAAGCUAGCUGUCGUCCACGAGAGUGCUACAGCAGCACAGAAACGUACAACGAAGUUGUUGCAGCAGGACACUUACAGUAGUUCGGCAGUCAGAAGCUAGCUGACUAGAGACAAUGUGACUAGUGCCGCUGAACCAAGCGAGCUAUUUUUUUUUUUCUUGUGAUGAUAUUUAUACAUCUGUUGUUAUCUAGUUGUUCCAAGGUUGGUUUGAGUCCAGAGGAAUAUUCAUUUAGGGUUUUCAUAGAGAGACAGAACCCUGUGGGCACACAAUGUACGCAUGAAAGGACCACUGCAAGCGGAACUCUGGUUGGUUCGUGUCCAGAUUUCACACUGUGUAUGUAAACCUGCUCUUCUACGGAUACCAUGCAUGCUCAAGGUAGCACGACUAGACUUGGCUUCCUGUAUUUUUCUAUGCAUGUGACACCACUGUUUUAUCUGAGUGCCAAAAUAUGAACUAAAGGUUUUAUCUUAGACCCUCUCUUUGUGCCGAGAAAUAACGGAAGCAAACGCAUUGCAAUAACUGCAGGAAUAUUACAAGCCACAUUCGUGAGCUGAUCCAUUCUUAGCCAUGUCCAGUUACCAAAAAAACAGCACAUCAGCUGGAGUGCAUGUGCCCGAGAAUGGGCAGAAGCCAGGAAAGGACCAACAUUGUCCCCAUGUAUUUGCAGACCUCACCCUUUAGGUGGCACUGUAGUAAGAUUGUGGCACCCUGUGGUUGUAUUUGUUUGCAACUACAGCAUUGCAUGAAUACGCAGAGUGAGGGGGGCCUAGGAUAGCCUGGUUAGAAUGGUGAGCUGUCAUCAUCAUCAUCAUUAAUGAUGAGGAGCUGUUAAUGAGUGUUCAGGCAUGCCUUCCUAUUAUUUUCAUUUGCUUUACCUGAAAAUUUCAAUCAAGCUAAUGGCAUCUUUUAGUGAGAGAUGAGUCUAAUUAGUGGGCUUGAGCAUCUGUGGCUUCCGUGGGAGACAGGCAAGUUCCAUGUUUCACUCAAAAGUUGCGCUGCAGAGAAUGUAUUGCAGUGGUCCUUCGAGGUCUUUUAAGUUUGUGUAGGCGAAGCUGUUGUUUUCGUUGGUCUCGCAGUGUACCUGUAGGAAGCCUUGUUUUUAGCCUUGUGUUUUUCUUGCACUGCUCAUGCAUCCGUCUUAAAUGUUAAGCUUGUUUAGCACCUUUCAUCAUUAAAGAAAUAUGAAAAUAUGGGUUCUAAAUGGUAGGCAUAUGUUCUCAUGUCAGGGGCUGUCAUGUGUAGAUGCUAACUGUCGAAAGAGAAUGCGUGCAAGUCGGUGUGUGCUGGCAUUCUGUGGAAUGAGGCGAGCCUUAGAGUGUGGUUAUGGCAGGACUGCUUUUCUAAUGAUGUCAGUGUGAUGGUUUGAUAAUACUGUGCAUUUCAUCAGAGUGAUGCACAGUGAUUUAAUUCAGUGCAUUGCUGAGCAUGAUAGUGCAAGCUUAGACCAGAAAUCUGGCACGUGGACGGGUUUUGUUGCAGGUUUGCAGAAGGAAAUGCUGGUACAAAGAAAAGUGACGACACAAGUUUGAGAUGACACAAGUUGAACAGUGCUCGAAGAAGGUAGACACCACAUAUACAUAUAGCAUGCAAGCAGAGCAGCAGCUGCAUCAAACUAGAGCUAACGAAAUGAUUGUCCGGGAAAGUAAAUUUAGCUUCCUGGAUGACAAUCUUUUAUUGCGCUUUGGUGUAUGGUUUUGUUGCUUGCCACUCUGCUCAUGCAUAUUUGUUAAUUAAUUUAUUUGUAUUUAUUUAUUGACACUACAAGCCCAGUGAGUUUUAGCAGGGUGAGAAAUACGGUUUUUGGAAAUUCAUAAAAUUGGCAGGAUGAAACGAAAACAUAUAAUAAAUUCUAGGAAAAGUGAGGAGUGCAGUACAGGCAUAAAUGUAUAGACCAGCACACUUUGAAGCACUUCAGAAUUGGGAAAUGGAAGUAAGAACGAAUACAUGAUUCUGGACACUGGCAAACGUUACUUGAAGCAAACAUUUUAAGAUUUCAUCAUUUAUGAGUGUGCUUGUCUUGGAAGUAUAAACAAGUUGGAAUUAAGCGUCUGACCCUGUCGUCUUUCUUGCUGUCCUUUGUGUAUGUGCCACAUUUCUGGUUUAGAUGUAUGGACAUUGGUAUCUGUAUUCUAGCUCCCCGGGCAGUGCUGGUUUUUCAACCCUCAUUUUGAUGGGUGCUUCUUUCCGUUACGUCAUAAGUUUGCUGAACUUGCGAGCACCAAAGUAAGCCUAUUCCUGCUUGACUUGUAGGCAGUGGAAAAAAAUGUUCGUUGUUAAUUGUUGAGUGCUUUCGAUGUGCCAAAAUGGCCUUGCUAGGGUGGUGGUCAGGCUUCGUGUGAGACACCUAAUAGCUAGCUCAUUUUCAAUUUUUCUUCAUUUGCUUCACCAAUGCCAACCACAGAGCAGUGUCAGUAAGAAUAGAGUGAUAGUAUUUAAUGACCGGUCUUCAUGCUACCAUGCAGCAGACAUAGCGUAGCUGUAGCCUUUCCGCAUUUGUACAAGGUUGUGCAGUCUAUAUUUACAAUAGUUGGCGUUUCUUUGGCAUCCAGACUCUUAGUUCGACAUUUUUUAGCAUAGUGCACAAACUAGGGAUGUGCCAUGCUUAACGUGCAAUGUAAUUGGCACAAUCGCACUUGUACCGCCUUGGAGAAUUGUUGUUGAACACUGUUGCCCUACUCAUUCGUCGUGUUGUUAGUUUUGGAAUGCAAACAUGAGCAGUGCUGUACGGUCGUGCCUCCUGUUUUGGUGUUGAUGCUAUGGCAUUCGACGUGGACCGCCACCCGUUUACAGCAUUGCAGCCUUGCAUAUCUCGACACCAAAAUGUGGCAUUCAUCGUUGAAGGACAGUGCAAUGCCAGGAACUGUCAUGCGUUGGUGCCAACACUACAGCAGUCAGACUUGAGCCACUCGUGCACGAAUGAGAUGGGAUAGCAUGUACAAAGCCAAACUCGCUGUUGCUGCCAUUGGUGCCAAGCAAACUGCCCCCAAUACAUGUGGAUUCACACGGCGUACCUGCAUUUGCCGACUCAGUCUGUAUGCCGUGGGGACAGCUUAGCGCCAAAAAACUGCUGGGAGCAAGGAUGGUAUCCUUGAACAAUCACUUUUUUGCAUAUGAUCACUUUCUCAAAAUUUCAUGUGACUCAGCACCUAAGUGUCAGUGUCUGGAAUGUGAUAGUGUUGCUGGCAUUGUACGAAGACACUGGGCUUGGCACUGCGCGAGGAAUGCUGUUGGCUGUAGAUGCCAACCUAUUUCAUGCAAAGUCACGCAAUAUCUUCAGAAAGUGGUUUUGGUUUCGAAAGUAUUCAUUCUGAAAUGUCGCCCCAGCACAAUUUAGGACAGUGUUAUUUGGUGUCACAGAGCGACAUUCCACCUUAUCAGUACGCGAAUCAGUCUCUCAGCCGAGUAUGUCGUGUGAAUCCAGUAAAAGCUACCGUAUUGUUCCGUCACUUGGGGACCCUCCUGAGCACACAUAUCUGAACGAAAGUGUCUGCAUGUUAGUGCUUCUGGGUGAAUUUACUGUAGUGGUAUGCUGCCUCUAUGUUGUGUACAGUGUUGAGUGUGUUCAUCAUUUUCCUGUAUGCUGUGCAAUUCGGGGUGCUUGUGGUCAAUUUAAUAGCUUUCUAUUUUAUUAAAGCAAUCUGCGCAGAGCUC